GUCACAUGAAGGCAGGUUGACUACAUGGACUCUCACAACGAAGGAUCAUCUUUCUAGACUUUCCACUACACCUCAUGGAAACUUUGAAAGGAUGGGGUUCAUUAUAUGGAUAUGUUAUGUUUAUGUUCUUUACAACGCUCAGACAAGGGUCAGCAUGUGAGGCUCCUUCAAGUCCCGAGUGCUUCAGGGAAACUGCUAACAAAACUGUUUACAUAUGUGAAUGGAGCAUGAACACAACUGAGAGCGAUGUGACAUUUGACCUGUACUUUAAUGAAACCAGAUUUAGGAGCAUUAAGAAGACCUGGUGUCAGAUCAAUGAUGAACAGCUGAUCAAAUCUCGGCCUGUUAACAUUUGGGUGGAAGCUCAUGUAGGAAACUCCAGCUGCACAUCACCCAGGAGGUCUGUUAAACUCGGGCACAUAGUUAAGUAUGAAGUACCACACAAUAUUUCAGUGUCCUGGCUAAAAAACAACCUCAGCUUAAUCUGGAGGGGUGCAGAGAGGCGUCCAGCUUUAGCUGAGGUCUGGUUUCGAAGAUAUGGACACCCCACAGAAUCAUGGGAAAAAAGAUUCAUAAAUACCACCAUGUUGACUGCACACAGCUCUCCAGAGGUCCCAACAUCACACUGUCCACCUCUAAAAAGAGAGGUGACUCCUGACUACCGGGUCAUUGUUGUGAAUCUGUUGAAGCAUUCAGCUUACCAGGUUCGGAUCAGACAACGGUCCACCCAGGCCCAAAACCCACUGUGGAGCAAAUGGUCUCCAGUUGUGACUGUUCCCGCAGAGCUUGAACACGAACCUGAAGUCACCAUGACAACAAAACUUUUAAAUGGCACUCGACAGGUGACGCUAACUUGGAAGUCGAUGCCACAUGAAGCAGUAGUUGGAGGAGUGAACUACACACUGGAGGCCACACAGUCUUCUCAAAGAUGUCCUUGUGCGAGGACAGACAGGAAGAGACAUCACAUCAAUACAAAUAGUUACACUACUUAUGUGUUUUACUCUGCUGUCAACAUCUCUGUUACCGCCAGAAAUGCAGCGGGCUGCUCUCCUUCAGCAGUCGUACAAGUACCGGCCGAAAUUGCUGCAAAUUUAGAAACUUGUGACAAAAAGUUGUUGGAUGAAAAAUUAAAUAAGAAAACGUGCAAGCAGUUGUACGAGCUUCAAGAUCAAAAUUCAAGGCCAGGACAUGUGAUAACUAUAUCAAGUAAGAAAAACCAAGAAAGGGACCAAGUAAAAAACAGCAUAAGGAACUAUGUUCGCUACCUUUACUUUGAACACAAAUGCGAUGGUGGGAAGCCGCGGACUGUUAAAAUGUGCCUCUUUUACUUAAAAGAAGGUGCAGCCCGCAGAGAACCUCAGGACUUCACUACUUUCAGUGAAACCCACAAUUCUGCAGACCUGUCCUGGAAAGCAAUUUCCUAUAGGGACCAACAAGGUUUUCUCACACACUACAGCCUGUGCAUUGUGAAAAUCAGCUCACAGGAUGAACCGAAAGAGUGCCAUAAUGUAUCAGCCUCACUGAUAAAAUACCGCCUGGAAAACUUGACACCGGGAGCAAAAUACAACAUCACCCUGGCCGGAGUGACACGAGAGGGACAAGGACCUAAAGCCACAGUAACUCUCAGCACACUGCCAGAGAAGCCAGUGAAUGUGUGGUGGAGUUUUGGCCUGCUGUUUGUGUUCUUUUUAAGCUCAACCAUUUGCACCAUUAUCUUGAAGAGAAUCAAAAACAAGAUCUUUCCUCCUGUGCCGACACCUGUUAUUCAAGAUUUCAACCCCCGUCAACAGGAGCAGAGUCAAGAGAUCCUGGAAGGGAAAGAGGAGGUGCAUGAGCUGACGCUGCUGCAUCCAGAGGGUAAGUCGGUCCCUGAGGAUUUAGGGGAGACCACUGCCCUCCGAGGAGAGUGGGACGAUGGGAGUGACAAGGCUGUGGAGAAUGAGAGGGAUGAUUUGAGGAUGUCAGAAGAAACCGGUGAUGAGAGCCCUGGCUCUACAGAUCAGGCACUGGGGAGCUCCAGAGAAGUAGAGAUAACAGAUCUCGAACAGGUGGACAAUGAAAUCGCCAUGCUGAUAUACAGGAAUGGUUUGGUCUUUGAUGUGAAGACGGAUUUGCCUUAAAUGGAUGUUAGUGCAGAUGUUACUGCUUCAGAGCAUAAAAUUCAACACAGGGUUGACAUUUAUUUAACUUGACUGGAUGAAUACUUUUCUUGGUUUAAGAGCUGUAUCUUUUGGAACAAUAUCUGCAAAAGCAUCUUGUUAAGAAUGUAUUGUUUUUCCUGUUUGCCGUGUGUAUUUUUGAAUUUUCCAGUGACAUUUUACAUACAGAGGCUGGUAUAUGAAAGCAGGAGAGUUAAGCAGUCACAGGCUUUGUCAAUGCACGUCGUUAAUAAACCUUUACUCUAAACAGUGCAUAGUAAAUCCUCGCCCCCUGACUUUUCUUCUAGCGCCACCAUGAGAUGACAUUGACAUUUGUUGUUCUGAGUGUAAUUUCAUGACAAUUCUAUAAAGUUUGGUGGGAUGAAUUUUAAGUUUAUUGAUCCUCUGACUUUUCUUUUAGCCCCAUCAACUGGCCAAAAAUAACAUGUCCAAUACUUUGGUUUCUGUCCAAA